AUAUUAUUUGAUUGAUACGAAAACGACUACUGAUUGAUUGAAUUCAACUAAUACAUAGCUCAACGGAGAAAAAUUCUUUUUUGUUUGGUGUCAAAAAUGGAUCGUGAUCUAAUCAACGUAUUAGUAUUGGGUGUUUCGUUUAUGUUUUUAUUCACAUCAUUUCAAACGAAUGGUUUUAUUCAGGGUCCAAUGAUCGAUAGUAUCAAUCAUGAAUAUGGCAAAGAUCAUUAUGGUGCAAAUACAUUUGUCAGUAUGUGUCUUAUUUAUCUUAUUUUUAGUCUUGUCAAUUGGAUUGCACCAGCAUUCGUUAGAUUGAUGGGUGCUCGUUUAUCGAUGAUUGUUUCAGGCGUUACCUAUAUAUUAUUUAUAGCCAAUUUUUUAUGGCCACAAGCAUGGCUUCUUUAUAUUGUUUCAAUGAUUGUUGGUUUUGGUGCUGCAAUCAUAUGGACAGCACAAGGAUAUUAUCUAACAAUAUGUUCUAAUGAAAAAACAAUGGGUCGUAAUAGUGGUCUAUUUUGGACAUUAUUUCAAUGUAGUCUUCUAUUUGGAAAUAUAUUUGUUUAUGUUUAUUUUAAAGAUAUGACCGGUGAAGAUAUACCACAUUCAACAAGAACAAUCACAUAUAUUGUAUUAACGAUUGUUGGUACGAUCGGUAUUGUAACAAUGUUUUUUCUUGGUUCACCAAAAUCAUUACGAUCCGAAGAACAAGAUGAUCAACAAGGUUCAUUUGAUGUUCUUCAAUCAAUAAGAGAAUCAUUUGCAUUGUUAAGUACACGACGAAUGCUUUUGUUAUGUGUUACAUUUUGGUACACUGGUAUUGAACUUAGUUUUUUCAGUGGUGUAUUUACUACUGCAUUAGGACGUAUCAAUACACUGGAUAAAGAUGGUGGUAAUGCGAAAAAAUUUGUCGGUCUUGCUGGUAUGAUUAUCGGUAUUGGUGAAAUUGUUGGUGGUCUUAUAUUCGGUAUUCUUGGUUCAAAAACUGUUCGUUGGGGACGUGAUCCAAUCAUUAUAUUGGGAUAUUUUGUACAUAUGAUCUCUUUCCUAUUGAUUAUGAUUAAUUUUCCACCGGAUUCAACUAUAUCUGAAACGGUUAAACAAUCUGCUUAUAUUGAUCCAAACCUUGUGAUUGCCUUGAUAUCCGGAUUUUUAUUAGGUUUUGCUGAUUCAUGUUUCUGUACACAAUGUAUGUCAAUAUUAGGAACAUUAUAUGCCGAUAAUAGUGCACCAGCAUUUGCAUUAUUUAAAUUUUUUCAAUCAAUCGCAUGUGCCUGUGCAUUCUUCUAUACACCUUAUUUUAAUCUUUAUAUACAAUUAGCUAUAUUGGCUAUAUUUGCAUCGAUGGGAACAUUAUCAUUUGUCAUUGUUGAAUGGAAACUUCGUCAACAAAAUGAUCAACAACAUAUCAAUUAAAAUAAAAUAAUAAUCUUACCUAUCAAUGCUAAUCAUUUUGUCAUUUCAUAU